AUGUAUGUGUAUAAGAGAAGUGGCCGUAAAGAGCCUGUCAAGUUUGACAAGAUCACAGCACGUAUCUCCAGACUCUGUUAUGGUCUAGAUCCACGUAUCGAUGCUGUUAAGGUCACCCAGAGAAUCAUCUCUGGUGUCUACGAAGGUGUUACCACUGUCGAGCUGGAUAAUCUGGCUGCUGAGACAUGUGCUUACAUGACUACUAUCCACCCAGAUUACGCCACUCUGGCCGCUAGAGUCGCUAUUUCUAACUUGCACAAGCAGACCACGAAACAGUUCUCCCAAGUUGUCUCUAACUUGUACCAUUACAUCAACCCUGCCACUGGCAAGCAUGCUCCUAUGAUCAGCGAUGAGGUUUACCAAAUUGUCAUGGACAACAAGGAUGAGCUGGAUUCCGCUAUCGUUUACGACAGAGACUUCCAGUUCAACUACUUCGGUUUCAAGACUUUGGAACGUUCCUACUUGCUAAGAAUAAAUGGUGAAGUUGCUGAACGUCCUCAACAUUUGAUCAUGAGAGUUGCCUUGGGUAUCCACGGUAGAGAUCUAGAAGCUGCAUUGGAAACUUAUAACCUGAUGUCUCUAAGAUACUUCACUCACGCUUCUCCAACAUUAUUUAAUGCUGGUACUCCACACCCACAAAUGUCCUCUUGUUUCUUGGUCGCCAUGAAAGAUGACUCCAUUGAGGGUAUUUACGACACUCUAAAGGAAUGUGCUUUGAUUUCCAAGACUGCUGGUGGUAUUGGUCUACACAUUCACAACAUUCGUGCCACAGGUUCCUACAUCGCCGGUACUAACGGUACUUCCAACGGUUUGAUUCCUAUGGUCCGUGUCUUCAACAACACUGCCCGUUACGUUGACCAAGGUGGUAACAAGAGACCAGGUGCUUUUGCCCUAUACUUGGAACCAUGGCAUGCCGAUAUCUUCGACUUCAUCGAUAUCAGAAAGAACCACGGUAAGGAAGAAAUUCGUGCUAGAGAUUUGUUCCCAGCUUUGUGGGUUCCUGAUUUGUUCAUGAAGCGUGUUGAACAAAACGGUAACUGGACUUUGUUCUCCCCAAGCUCCGCUCCAGGUCUAAGCGACUGCUACGGUAAGGAAUUUGAAGAGCUUUACGAACGUUACGAAAGAGAAGGCCGUGGUAAGACUAUCAAGGCUCAAAAGCUUUGGUACUCUAUCCUGGAAGCUCAAACCGAAACUGGUACCCCAUUUAUGAUCUACAAGGAUGCCUGUAACGAAAAAUCUAACCAAAGAAACUUGGGUGUUAUCAAGUCUUCUAACUUGUGUUGUGAAAUCGUCGAAUACUCUUCUCCAGAUGAAACCGCCGUUUGUAACUUGGCUUCUAUUGCUUUGCCAGCUUUCAUUGAAACAAGUGAAGAUGGUAAGACCUCUACUUACAACUUCCAAAAGUUGCACGACAUCGCCAAGGUUAUUACCCGUAACUUGAACAAGGUUAUUGACCGUAACUACUACCCAGUUCCAGAGGCCAAGAACUCUAACAUGAGACACAGACCUAUUGCUCUUGGUGUCCAAGGUUUAGCUGAUACUUUCAUGUUGUUGCGUUUGCCAUUCGACUCUGAGGGUGCCGCUAAGCUAAACAUCCAAAUCUUCGAAACCAUCUACCACGCCUCCUUGGAAGCUUCUUGUGAAUUGGCCCAAAAGGAUGGUCCAUACCAAUCUUACCAAGGCUCUCCAAUCUCUAAGGGUGUCUUCCAAUUCGACAUGUGGAAUGCUAAGCCAUUCGGUAUGUGGGACUGGGAUGCUUUGAGAAAGGACAUCUUGAAGCAUGGUGUCAGAAACUCUUUGACUAUGGCCCCAAUGCCAACUGCUUCCACUUCCCAAAUUUUGGGUUACAACGAAUGUUUCGAGCCAGUUACUUCCAACAUGUACUCUCGUCGUGUUCUAUCUGGUGAGUUCCAAGUCGUUAACCCAUACUUGUUGCGUGACUUGGUUGACUUGGGUAUCUGGGAUGAAGGUAUGAAGCAACACAUUAUUACACAAAAUGGUUCCAUUCAAAACCUACCAAACAUUCCUCAAGAAUUGAAAGAUCUUUACAAGACUGUUUGGGAAAUCUCACAAAAGACCAUUAUCAACAUGGCUGCUGACCGUUCUGUCUACAUCGAUCAAUCUCAUUCUUUGAACUUGUUCUUGCAAGCUCCAACCAUGGGUAAGAUCACCAGUAUGCACUUCUACGGUUGGAAGAAGGGUUUGAAGACCGGUAUGUACUACCUAAGAACUCAAGCUGCCUCUGCCGCCAUUCAAUUCACUAUCGAUCAAUCUGUUGCUCAACAAGCUGCAAACAAUAUCGCCGACUUGUCCAACUUGAAGAGACCAUCUUAUGUUGAAAGUGAGCCAUCCUAUGUUCCAAGCGACUUUAAGGCUGACUGGGAAAACAUCAAGCCAUCCAAGAUUACCUACUCCGAAACCGAAGAUGAAUCUAGAAACGUUUCUCUAACACCAUCUGCUUCUUCUUCAAAUGACGACUUGAGCAGCAGUGUCGGUUCAUUGAAGAUCUCUGAACACCCAGCUACUCCAGUUUCAUCAACCACCACAAACAUUCCAGUUAAGGAAGACAAGAAAGAAGUUGCCCCAGAAGCUGAAGAUGCCGAAUCCGAGUUUGACAUCUACAACUCUAAGGUCAUUGCCUGUGCCAUCGACAAGCCAGAAGCUUGUGAAAUGUGCUCUGGUUAA